AUGGAGCCAUUUCAACAAGCCACACAAAUUCAACACUAUAGGAGGAGAUUGACUAUGCAUACAGCUUUGUCCAAUAAUAAUGGCAAAGUUUGGGUGUUUAUAGCAGAGAAUAUUGAGGUUGAGGUGUUGCUGGAUUCAUCACAACAAGUUACAUUGAGGUUGUUUUUCCAGGAAUUCAAUCAAGAGUUGAUUACCACUCUGGUAUAUGCUAAAUGUGAUGCUACUGAGAGAUUGGAAUUAUGGGAUAACAUAUAUCAGUUGGCUAACAAUAUUACUAGUCCAUGGAUAGUGGAGGGUGACUUUAAUGUUGUAAUGAAUCAAGAAGAAAAGAUUGGUGGAUUUCCAGUAAAUAUGAAUGGCUCAGAGGACUUUGCCUUUUGUGUCAACUCUUGUGAGCUAGAGGAGAUACAGUUCAAGGGUACCCCUUUCACUUGGUGGAAUGGCAGGGCUAAUAAUGAAGGUAUAUUUGAGAGGCUGGAUAGAAUGUUGGUUAACUCUCAGAUGCAGACUUGGUUGGGUAAUAUGGAAGUUGAACAUUUAGCAAGAACUGGCCAGAUCAUGCACCACUCCUUUGCUCUUAUGGUGCAGCUAAUGCUAAUCUUUAAAGCCAACCUUAAACAUUUGAAGGGUGUUUUUUCUAAGUGGAGUAGGGAGGUGUAUGUAGACUUGUUUAAACAGUUAAUUAUCAGGGAAGAGAUUUUCAAAAUCAAGGAGGAAUUAUUUGAGGAGGCUCCUACUGCUGCUAACAGGUGUGUGCUUCAAUGUGCUCAUGCUGAGUAUAAAAGAUAUCUUUAUUUUGAGGAGGAAUACUGGAGGCAAAAGGCAAGAGUUGAUUGGUUUGUGGAUGGUGAUAGAAAUACUAGAUUCUUUCACAAUCUUGUGAGGGGUAGAAGGAGGAAGCUGAUGGUAAAAAAGAUUCAAGGAUUGGAUGGUUCUUGGAUAGAGGAUAGAGCUUAA